UUGAUAGCCCUGUUAAGCAUACUAUUAAUUUUAAAGUUUUUUUUUAUGAAAUACCAUUUGUGUAUCUUGUAAAGGCACCAGAGCUUAGGGUAGGGGUGAGUCUAAAAACCAAACAGAUCUCCAUUCUUUUAGCUGGGAGUGCUUGUUUUCAUUGUGAGAUUCCCAGGCGUUGUAUUUUCAUAAUUUUUUUUCCUUGCAGAGGCAAAAGCUCGCCCAGAACUGAAGGAAAAAGCCACCCAGAGGAUGAGCGAAAAGAAGCUCAGGCGAACCCCAGCACAGAGCUAAGAGCGGAGGGGAAAGCCUGCCACAGGCGGAGGAACGGGGAUGCGUGUAGGUAAUUAGUGUUCAGGAGGAUUGAGUGCAGGUUUCUGGCUGAGUUCUGGCGCCCCCUGGGCACUGUCCUGUGCAAGCAGAGAGGCAAUAAAACACAAGAGUUUAUUCGUUUCGUGCAAUCUCCUUGUUUAUGCUCCCCCCCACACACACACACAGCCUCCGCGCGCACACGUUCAGGGAGGCUCCCUUAUCUGUUGAGAGAAGGCGCGAGAACUAUGGAACCGCGCGCUAGUCGGCGCUUUCCCGCCUCCGCCCCUCCCGCGCUGGAGUAACGGUUUUUUCCAGCCGUUGAUUUUUGGCGGGCUCAAUCCGCCUUCCCUCAGCUCCAGGCAGAGUUUGACCCCCCGGGCGCUUGAGUUUUCUUGCGUUUCCCCUCAGCCCCUUGUCCUGUCCCUGGCUUGGCCCUCCGUCCUCAGCAGUGGACACGUUUUAACAUCAACGUCAAAAAGCAAAAGUCAUUGUAAAAAAAAUCACACUCCGCACAACAAGCUCUUCAAGGCAUAACAUUUAGUUGGAGGAUUGCCUAAUCUCCAGUUUAUAAUUAUUCACUGAUGGAUUCUGGCCACAUCUAAUGUCUCCUGCAAAAGGUAGAUUUAAUUGAAAUAUAACUUUCAUAUGGUGAAUUUGGAAUAGUGAAUAAAUUAUCACAUAUUUGGAUAUUGUGAAAGAAAUGAAGAGAAAUUUAAGUGACAGUUCAACUCGUAGCACAGCAGGUUGUCUACCUGUACCACUGUUCAAUCAGAAAAAAAGAACCAGACAGCCACUCACAUCAAAUCCACUUAAAAAUGAAGCAAGUACCAAUUCUGUGACUCAUAGUUAUGACUUUUCUGCUAGAACAACAGAAUUAGGGUGGGAAGUUUCAAAGCCAGAGCUGGCUCAACUACAGAAAACAACAAACAGUGGUCAAAUAGAAACUUCUGUGGCUCCUUCCCUGUUGAAACAACAAAAUGCAUCAAAGCCUAAUAUAUCACAUACUGGAAAGAACCUGAAUAUUAUGAGAGAAGAAGAAAAGAAUAACAGUGCUCAAGUUUGGAACAGAAAUGAGCAUAUGCCGCCAAGUAGCAGAACCAAUUUAAUAUCUGAUAGUGGAAUCAUUCAAAAGUUUGAGAAUACCUCAAAUAACCUGAGAACUGUUCUGCAGCCCAAACUACCUGACCAUUAUACGACAUCACAGCAUAUUGAGACAACUGUAACAGGACAAAAAUGUUCAUCCAAAGGACAAUGGCCAAUUAUACCCAGCACCAUGUCAAAAAGUCUACAGGAUCAUAGUCCAGCAUAUACAUUUAAACAUUAUAUUCAAGAAAAUAAAGUUAAUGGAAAACAAUUUGAUCAUGUUCCAGAAGACAAAACAAUUCAGAAAAUUCCAGCAUAUCAAUUAAAACUCAAAGAAAAAGACAAUUCUCUGAGAAUUAUAUGUGCAGUCAUUGAAAGUAUGAAACAUUGGAGCCAGUAUACUUAUAAAAUUGCACUCUUAUUUGAAGUAUUAGGCACACUUGAUUCUGCAGUAACGCCUGGGGCAUAUGGAGCAAAAAGUUUUGUCUUGAAAGAUGGAAAGGAGAGUUUGCCAUGUGUAUUUUAUGAAAUUGAUCGGGACCUUCCAAGAUUAAUUAGAGGUCAUGUCCAUAGGUGCAUGGGAAACUAUGACAAAAAAAGGAAUGUCUUCAAGUGUGUGUCUGUAAGACCCACAACUGUUGUAGAACAAAGAACUUUCAAAGAAUUUGUUAAAAUUUCAGAUAUUGAGAUGAGAGAAUAUGUGAAAACAAUGAAUGAGAUUUAAAAGUAAUGUUUAUUUAAGCAGUAAUUUAAAAUUGAGGUCAUGCUCCUAUUGAUCAGUAAGCAUAAAGGCUUCACAUCUUGAGAAUUUACAAAGCUCAUAUUAAAAUGUUCUUGUAUUAAAUGCUUGAAAACACAAUGAAAGUAUGUGUUAUGUAAAAAUUAAAAUAAAAUUGUUCCAAUUUGUUAUUACCACUAUAUUUGUUUGUUUACUG